AUGGAUACAUCUCCCAACUGCGCCAUCUGCAAUGCGCCAGCCUAUCCGGACUGUCCCUGCGAAUCCGAGCGCCUUCAGAUCGCGGUUAAGCAAGCAGAGCACCGAGUUAUGGACGCGAAAUUGACCGAGAUACGCGACUGGGUGAUUUCCCAUGCCCGACAGCACAUUCUGAAUGCCUUCGAACGACUGUCAUCCGCUCGCAAACAGGCGCAUUCUGCCUAUCUUGCCUCUCUGCCCUUUUAUUCUGUCUAUAUGCAAUAUUCUGGACACCCACCCAUACACCCCACCGCUCUCGCCCAGCUACAGGCCCAGAUCUCAGAGGCACAUGCGGAGUUGAAGCGGGGUGUUGAUGCCGACUGGCGUGCCUCUGUGCUUCGCUAUCCGGAGGUCUUGGACUACUUCUAUGGCCUUGUUGAAUUACGACUACCCAACGAACGUUCGCCCCGGGUGGCGGAGCCGCCGUUCGCUGUGGCGGGGUAUGUUGACGGAGGAUACGAUCACUCGAGGAUUGGAAGAGAGGGUAAAAAGAAGAAGAGGCGAGAAUUGUCAGCAGCGCCAGUUGAGCGAGGAAGAAGCCAUCGAGAUGAACACAUAUACACGGCCCUAGGACGAACGCGAGGUCCGCCCCCGGUGCCUACCCCGCCCGUCCAGCCAGGAGGAUAUCCUCGACCACCGGCUCCAUAUUAUGGCUAUUAG